AUGGGCCUCCUUCCGUGGGGGCUUCUGUUGGGUUGCCUGGGCUGUGGAAUCCUGCCUGCAGCCUGGGGUCAGUUCCCCCGGGUCUGCAUGACGGUGGGCAGCCUGGUGUCCAAGGAGUGCUGCCCGCCGCUGGGCGGGGAGCCCGCCAACCUCUGUGGUUCCCAGGAGGGCCGGGGGCAGUGCACGGAGGUCCAAGCAGACACCAGGCCGUGGAGUGGCCGCUAUGCCCUGCGGAACCAGGAUGACCGCGAGCAGUGGCCCAGGAAGUUCUUUAACCGGACCUGCAGGUGCACAGGAAACUUUGCUGGCUAUAACUGUGGAGACUGCAAGUUUGGCUGGACUGGCUCCAACUGUGAUCGGAAGAAACCACCAGUUGUUCGGAAAAACAUCCAUUCCCUGACUCCUCAGGAGAGGGAGCAGUUCCUGGGAGCAAUGGACCUUGCAAAGAACACCACGCACCCCGACUACGUGAUCACCACGCAGCACUGGCUGGGCCUGCUCGGGCCCAAUGGAACCCAGCCACAAAUUGCCAACUGCAGUAUUUAUGAUUACUUUGUGUGGCUUCAUUAUUAUUCUGUUAGAGAUACAUUAUUAGGACCAGGGCGCCCAUACAAGGCUGCAGAUUUCUCCCACCGAGGACCUGCCUUUGUGACCUGGCACCGGUACCAUUUGUUGUUGCUGGAAAGAGAUCUUCAGCGACUGACUGGCAAUGAGUCCUUUGCUUUGCCCUACUGGAACUUUGCUACUGGGAGAAACGAGUGUGACGUGUGUACAGACCAGCUGUUCGGGGCAGCCAGACAAGAUGAUCCAACUCUGAUUAGUCAGAACUCAAGAUUCUCCAGCUGGGAAAUUGUCUGUGACAGCUUGGAUGACUACAACCGCCGUGUCACCUUGUGUAAUGGAACCUAUGAAGGUUUGCUGAGAAGAAAUCAAGUGGGAAGAAACAAUGAGAAAUUACCAACCUUAGAAGACAUACGAGACUGUCUGUCCCUCGUUAAGUUUGACAAUCCUCCUUACUUCCAGAAUUCUAGCUUCAGCUUCAGGAACGCCCUGGAAGGGUUUGAUAAAGCAGAUGGGACACUGGAUUCCCGAGUGAUGAGCCUCCAUAAUUUGGUCCAUUCCUUCCUGAAUGGGACAAACGCUUUGCCACAUUCUGCUGCCAAUGAUCCUGUUUUUGUGGUCCUUCAUUCUUUUACUGACGCCAUUUUUGAUGAGUGGAUGAAAAGGUUUAAGCCUCCUAUUGAUGCCUGGCCUCAGGAGCUGGCACCCAUUGGCCACAAUCGGAUGUAUAACAUGGUGCCUUUCUUCCCUCCAGUAACUAAUGAGGAACUCUUUCUAACUGCAGACCAACUUGGCUACAGCUACGCCAUUGACCUGACAGUCAGAGAAACUCCGGGUUGGACUACAAUCCUCAUGGUGGUUAUAGGAGUGCUGGUGGCCUUGGCUGGUCUUUUUGUGCUGCUGGUGUUUCUUCAAUAUAGAAGACUUCAAAAAGGAUACACACCCCUAAUGGAGACACACUUAAGCCACAAGAGAUAUAUGGAAGAAGCCUAGGGUGCUCACGGCUUACCCUAAAGAGGAGAUAAUCAGGUCAUAGUUCUGACCCUGAUAAUGAGCAAACCAGUCCUCACUGUUCCUCCUUGACGGUCUCUGGUGUACAUCCUCCUAUUGUGGCGAUGAUCCCAAGUAUAGAAGCUGCUUAGCAAUAGGUUCUUAGUUUACCAAACUCAAGCUGGAGUGUUUGGGGCUAUUUCUAUCAUCAAAUAAAAGCAGAGCUGACAAUUUGUGGUAUCUGAUAGUAAUUCCCCAUAUUGAUUAAGCCUCUCUGUUUCCCGAGAGCACCAUGAAGCUGAUACAGUGAAUUCAUUUAAUUUUGCAGAUCAGAGCAAUUUAAGACCUGGGGAGGAUCAUGGUUCAGUCUCUCCUAGCCUAGGUGUUUUUACCUGCAGAAGGGUGAGUGUGGGGGUGGCAGGCUCUAGAUGAACCUCUAAGAUCCCUUUUAGCUUUAAACAUAUAUGCUUCUAGGUGUCCUCCCCGAUCAUCUGACCAGGGCUUCCUUUUUUUAUUUUCUCUUUUUCUCUCCAGCCUUUAAAAUGGUCUGGAUGAUCCAAGGAGGCUUAUGGUAAGAGGGUGAGGAUUGAAUGAAUGAGUAAUCAAUUCAGUUCUCUUCUGUCAACUAGACUUUACAGAAUUUGUUUAAAGUCUGCAGUUUUUAAUAGUAGACCUAUUAUGAGAGUCAAUAGCUGGAGAAACAUUGGUCCUAUAGUAACAAAUAAAUGGAUGAGGGAAUAAAAUUGUAAAGUUUUCUAGUUCAUGAAUAUACUAUUUUGAAUCUAUUAACAAGUAUACAAAAAAAAAAAAAAGAAGAAGAAGAAGAAAAUCA